GCUCGGGAGCAUCGAUUGCAUGCAUUGGGUAUGGAAGAACUGUCCAAAAGCGUGGCAUGGCGCGUACACAGGCCAUACUCGCAAGCCUUCUAUAGUUUUGGAGGCGGUUGCGUCGUAUGACUUAUGGAUUUGGCAUGCUUUUUUUGGCAUGCCUGGGAGUCUUAACGAUAUAAACGUAUUGCACCGCUCUAACUUAUUUACUAGGCUUAUCGAUGGGAGUGCCCCACCUGUGUCGUACAUCAUAAAUGGUAACAGGUACGACAUGGGAUACUACCUCGGCGAUGGCAUAUACCCCGAAUGGGCGACCAUAGUGAAGGCAAUUCCUGCUCCACGAGGCAACAAGAGCAUCCAUUUCUCCGCGAUGCAAGUUGCUCUCCGCAAGGAUGUCGAACGUGCAUUUGGUGUGUUGCAAGCUAGGUUUGCUAUUGUUCGCGGACCGGCUAGAGUAUGGGAUCAGUCUACAUUGCACAAUAUCAUGACCGCCUGCGUUAUUAUGCACAACAUGAUAAUUGAGGACGAGCGUGGUACCGCUUCCCCAGUGCAGGUGUUCGACUUCAUGGGGGAACCAACUCAAGUCCAUCGAAGUGGUGACGAAGGUGUCCUGCAUUAUGUCGAAACAACUCAAGCUAUCCGCAACCGUGCAGUGCACCGCCAAUUGCGUGCUGACCUUGUGGAGCACCUUUGGAGUAUUCAUGGAGCACAGUAGAAUUCAGAAAUUAUGUAUUCCAUAAGCUAGUUUCAAGCAUGUAGUUUGGUUUUAUGUUCCCAAUAGGGUCACCGUUUCGCAUGUACUUUGGUUUGAUGUUUCCAGUAGGGUCGGCUUUGGCAUGUACUUUGGUUUGUAAUGCUACUACUACGAAUCAAUACAUGAACCACUAUUGCAGUCCUCAAUGAAAGUUCUUGAAUGUGACAAAUAUUGCAAACCAAAGGUAAAUGUUCCAAACGUUGUACAGUAGCAUCACACACACAUGUCCAUCCAUAU